GGUAAGAGGAUGAAAUUUUGAAUUACGGCAAAACCCUUGAACGAUACUAGUGUGACAGCGUUCCCAAAGGCUAUAGGCAGCAGAACGAUGAGCUCUGUCGACUGUGGUGCUAUCCAGGGAGAAUCAACGUCGUCGGAUAACGGCGACCAACCUCAACGUCCGCCCAAAGUCCCUAGGAUCGAAGAAGAAGAACAACAGGAGGAGGAAGUUGAAAGCAUGAAGCCACCAAAACCUGGAUUACAGCGUUAUCUUGUGGCUUUUGAAUAUAUUGGCACCCAUUUUUCCGGCUCCCAGCAACAACGCGAUCAGAGAACUGCUGUUGGUGUUCUUCAGAAUGCUUUUCAGAAAUUUGUAGGGCAACCAGUUUCAGUUUUUGGCUCUAGUCGAACGGAUGCUGGCGUUCAUGCCUUGUCAAAUGUUUGUCAUGUAGAUGUUGAACGCACUAGUAAGAGGAAGCCAGGUGAAGUGUUGCAACCGCACGAACCUGCUGUUGUUAGAAGAGCUGUGAACCAUUUUUUACAGAAAGAAGGUGACAUAAUGGUUAUUGAUGUACGUAGUGUUCCCUCUUAUUUUCAUGCCAGAUAUAAGGCUCAAGAGCGCACGUAUUAUUAUCGCUUGCUGUCAGGUCCAGAAUCACUGUCAACAUUUGAGAGAGAUCGGGCAUGGCAUGUUCCUGAUGAACUAAACCUUCAAACUAUGCAGGAAGCAUGCAAGGUUCUUGUUGGACACCAUGAUUUCAGUUCAUUUAGGGCUGCUGGUUGUCAGGCUAAGUCUCCUGUUAGGACAUUAGAUGAGCUUCAUGUCAGCGAAUCUGUUUCUGUUCCAUAUUUUCCAUCCUUCACUGAGAGGGAGCAGUGUAAUUUCAGCGUUCAGGAUUCUCUAAAUAAUAGUGGAGAAGAGCUCAUUGAAUCAUGUCAACAGUUUGGAAUCAGGAGAGGACACCGUUGCUUGGUAGUUAAAGCACGUUCGCGCUCCUUUCUAUAUCAUCAGUGAAAUGUAUCCUGAAUGCAAGAUCCGUCACUGCUGCCAGUCCCAUGGCUCCUGCUUGUGGCUUAUACCUUGGCCACGUUAAAUAUGAUUUCAACUGAUGGUGAAUUGUUUCUGGCUGAAAAAACCAUGCUGAUUUUGAUGGAAUUGGUUGGGGUAUUCUUUUCAAAUUUAUGGUGCCCGUAUUACGUUUUGAUCUUUCGUGGGAAAUCUUAAUAGCAGCAUAUUCCAAAAUAUUAUGAUUUUGACAUUUAUUAAUUGUUGUUAGCUUUAUAUUUGAGGCCUUAGGAACAGCACUUUAAUGGUAUCUUACACGUUACUAUUUUUUCACAAAUGCUUGUCAUUGAUCAUUUCUUUACAUAGUGUUUUUAAUGCAUGGUUGAUUUGCAUUGAUCUUUUUCAAUUACAGAAACUUUCAUAUAUCUGCAAACAUAAAUGGUCAUGGGUCUGGUAAGUACCUGUAUCAAAUUGUUUGUUGAUACGCAUUUUUAUAUUCUUGUGUGUAAGUUUGUGCACCCGUUAAGACUUGAGUUUAAUUAGAUGGUAACAAGCUAACGAUGAACAACUUAGGAUGAACAUUUAAAAUUUUAUCUUAACAAUGAACAAAGCAAAGUUUGUUGAACCAAUCUUUGAAGAACCUUUCAAACGAAUUUUUUUUCCAGAAAAGUCAAAAGUGGGGAAUUUUCACUUUGAAAGCAUUAAAAAUAAUCAAUUUUGAAUGAUUAUAAUCACAACUAUUGUCUGAAGGCCAAAACAUAGUGCAGGUCAAAAUGGGACUUAUUGCUAGGACUGCAAUGGUCCAAAAAGGGAUUGGAAUUCCAAAAUUUCAAGGAUCGGAGGUAGGACUUGAUUUUGAUUAGGCUUUAUGACCCGGUAGAUCAGUUUAUGCUUCUAUCUCUCUCUCUGUUUUUUUUUUUUUUUUUUUUUUUUUUUUCGGCAUUGGUUUAAAUUUUUUGUGCAUCAAUUUGACUUUACAUAGUUUUAAGAAGGUGACUUGAAUGGUGUAAAAUAUGUUGUAAGUGGGUUUGUAAGGGAAUACAAAAUUAUAGAGAAGAAAUAGUGGUGUAAUAGUUUAUAAAACUAAAUUUAAGGCAAACUACUUUAAUAAAUUUGCUAACUUAGAUUUAUUCCUAUCAUAAUCUUUAAUGUGUCAACAAGUAAAAUAAUAAAAAUACAUAAAUCGUACAAUCAAGAAUUUUGUGUAGAUUGAUGCUGAAAUCAAGAUAAAUGCAUGGGAGAUAAUAAGAAAUCUAAACCAACAACCCGACAACACUUGGAAAUUCAACGAUCUUGAAAUAAAGCUUUGAUUUUUAACUUUCUUUGAAGAGUUAUUGAAGCACAAGGUGUGAAGAAACGAAUAGUAUUUCAAAUGAGAAUGACCACCUCAUGUAAUGAUCACUUUGAAUUGUCAAAUUACUUAGAUCACGUCUUGGAACUAAGUUUUUCCACCUAUUAAUCUUCACCACACAUCUUGAGGCCUGAGCUGAAUAUGUAAGAAUAACUCAUGCAAAGAAUUUACUAAAAUCUAUAAAAAAAAAAACCAAAUUUACCUAGCCUUUUGUCCAAAAUGCAUGAGUUUGAAAGCAAUAGAUUUCCUAAGCUUGGUACCCUCCCCCCCC